AUGGCCAAACCCGAGCCCGUGUUGCACGACCAGACCAACAUUCUCCCCACUGGUCGUCUCAUUGUCGUCUUUUGCGCCUUGGCCUCGGCACUCUUGAUCACCUUCAUCGACCAGCAAUCGAUCGGCGUUGUCCUGCCCACAAUCGGCCGUGAUCUGAAUAGUUCAUCCACGAUAACAUGGGCCGGCACAUCUUCCUUGAUCGCCAAUACCGCAUUCCAAGUGCUGUAUGGCAGGCUCUCCGACAUCUUUGGACGCAAGGUCAUUUUGAUCUCAAGUCUCGGCCUGUUGGGACUUGGCGAUUUGCUCUGCUCGUUCGCAAGGACGGGUCCUCAGCUAUUUGCCUUCAGGGCCAUCAGUGGCGUUGCCUCGGGGGGCAACAUGGCACUGGCCAUGAUGGUCGUCUCAGACGUAACGACUCUCAAGCAGAGGGGCAAAUUCAUGGGCAUUCUCGGCGCAUGCGUCGGGAUGGGCAACGCCAUUGGGCCCUUCAUCUCUUCCUCGUUUGCUGAACGAGUUACCUGGAGGGCUUUGUUUUGGCUUCUCUGUCCCUUGGCCGUCUGUUCAGGGCUGAUUCUCUAUGUUCUGCUGCCGCCGCAGACCAUCCCGCCCGAGCCGUUGAGGACGAAGCUGGCCAAGAUUGACUACCUGGGCAUCUUUUUCAGCUCCGUUGGCACCAUCCUCCUCCUUAUCCCUAUCUCUGGCAUAGGUACCCAAUUUGCGGCGAACUCGCCAAUGGUGAUCGCCAUGCUGACCAUCGGCUCUUGCUUCCUCGUCCUAUUUGGCUUGAACGAAUGGAAGGUGGCUAAACUCCCCAUGUUCCCCUUCCGCCUAUUCAAGAAGCCUGCACUGGCCGCCAUGAUGGUGCAAAACUUUCUGAUGACCUCGUCGGUCCGGCCUGAGCUUUCGAUGACUCUGCUCUGCCCAGACUCGCCAUGCAACAUUUUAUACUACCUCCCGCUAUUUUACCAGAUUGUUCGACAGAUGACGGUGAUACAAUCUGCCCUGAUGAUCCUCCCUGUUGUGCUGCCACAGUCGGUGGCAUCGAUCGCUUCCGGCCAGUACAUGUCCCGGCUCAACAGAUACGGCGAGGUGAUCUGGAUGGGGUUUUCACUCUGGGUCACCGCGACCAUUGUUGAGAGCAGGUUUUCAAGGACGUUUCCGCUGGCUGGGAUGAUCGUGACCUUGAUUAUCCAGGGGAUGGGGGUUGGAUUUACUUUCCAGCCUACACUUGUCGCCGCCCAGGCGCAUUCGGCAAAGGCCGAUCGAGCUGUUGUCAUCAGCUCCCGGAACUUCCUCCGGUCUCUGGGUGGUGCCUGCGGCCUAGCUGUUGCCUCAGCUCUGUACUCAAAUACUGUGAUCGGCAAGCUGCCGUCUCCGCCGCUUAUACCAGAGACGGUAGCCAACCAAAUCAAGUCGUCCGUUUUCUCGGUUCCCGACCUCUCAGGUCUUUCUGCGACCCAAAAGGGCAUGAUUCUGGACACCUACACCCUGGCAUCAAGAUCAGUCUUCUACUUCUGGGUUGGAUGCAUCAGCUGUUGCUGGCUGCUGAUGUUCUUCAUCAAAGACAAAGGACUGCAGAGGAAGGAGGAGAAACAGGGGUCGGAAGGAGUGGUUGAGGCCGGGGGGCGAGGACGUGAUGAGGAAGGGGGUUCGGCGCCUGGAUCUGGCGAAGAAGAGGACACAGCGAAUGAGGUGGACGAGAUGCCUCGUCGGGAUGCUGAGAAGGAAUAA